CUUAGCACCCAUCAAAUUUCGUGUCACUACAUUUCUUUCCAUCAUCUCGUCUCCGCGACCACUCAUCGUCUCCAUCGCGUACCACACUUGGAUCGGCGCGUUUCUCGAUCUCUAGUUCAUCAAUCAAACGCUCAGAUUGCCUCUUCGACCACGGGAAUAGGGCAUUGUCGCGCAUUUGGGCGAUUGCGACAGUGACCUUGGCCUGCCCUUUUUUUCUCUCGCGACGAUGGGAUGCCUUCACUAAAAGCCUAUACACCCUACGAGACUCUCGCAUUUUGCCAGUCGGUCGCUCGUCAUGGCUCCGAUACUUCAGCCUUUGAGGACAUUGCAAAGUCGCUCAAUUCGAAUCACCUCAUUCGCGACAACAACAACUAUGACCAGACUCGAUUGACCGCGGCUGCAUUGGAAGGCUUGUAUCAAGAACUACUGGUUGAAGAGAAGAAAACGAGUCUGGUCUUGGUCAAUGGCGAUGAUGGUAAUCCGCGCAAACGAAAACUGUCAGCCUCACCUCCCCCAUCUACCGGGAAUCAUGAUCGAUCCGAGGAAGAGUUGCUCCAAUCCCUGGUAGACAAACUCUACACGCGGUUCCGAGAGCAAACAAUCAAGGAGAUACGGUUGGAAGAGGAGGCAUAUCGCAGGAUAGAAGCUGAAAUUACCGAGCUAGAGAAAAAGGUCGAGGAAGGGCAGGAAAAGCAAGCCAGUGGUGAUGAUACGAAAGCAGAAUCUCAACCCAAAGAUAUUGCGCCGAAGCUUCAGGAUGGUCAAUCCAGUCCAGAUGCCGCUGCUGCGCAACUACAAGCGGGUCUAGACGCCAGUCGAGCAGACCAGGCUUCGAAAGCUACACCAAAAGAGCCAGGACCCUCUGUGCCUACGGCACGUGUCGCGCAGCCGCAACCUGCAUCAGCUUCUCCUGCGACUCCCGCGGCCAACUCAUCUGUAGAGCCUGCGCAACAGCCCAAGCAUGGUCAAGCUCCAAGGCAGACCAAACCGGCGCAAGGCGUGUAUCCGCGCCCUUCGCCUCAGAGGCAGGACUUUGUGCCAAACAAUCCUCCAUAUCCUCCUCAGGGAUAUCCCAUGCAAAUGGUGCCUCCGGCUCAUGGAAACAUGCCUCCUCCAGUCGAAUACCCCGGUUCAAGACGGUCUCCAUCUGGUCAAGGUAGAGCAUCUCCUGUUCACAUGCCACAACAGCAAUUCGCGGCGUAUCCGGGCUAUCAACAACCCUGGCCACAUCAUCCACCACAAAACUACCCUCCACCGCCAUAUCCCAACAGCUAUUAUCCGUAUGGGACGCCCCAAAACCCCCAGCAAUAUCCAGUGUAUCAAGGCACACCCGUCCAAUGGACUGGCCAGCUUCCAGCACAAGUGUGGCAGAAUCAACCAUAUCAACCUCCUAAUUCUGCCAAUGUAACUCCGGCUCCCCGAAGCACGCCGAGCCAGCAACACACGGGUAGGUCCUCUACACGUUGGAAACGAAGGCCGGAAUCUACAAGUGCUGCGCGCAAGUCGAGCCCCGUCCGUCCGAGCGAAAGAGAUGUCAGUCCAAUCUCGGAUGUCGAGUCGCCAUCACGUUCGAACAAGGUCGGGAAAUCAGCAGAACGAAACGAGAACUCCCUUACGGUGCAAGACGUGAGAGGCAGACGUGGGGCGAGCGCAACUCCUGGUGUCGAUGGCUCACGAUCCCAGUCACUUGCCUCAUUCACAUCAGAGACACCAACGGACAAGAAACGCCGAGGACGGCCACCAUCGAAGAUCAAGGCCGAACCACCGAGCACGCCGGCUCCGAUACCGUCGGACACAGAGCCACAACCUUCAACGAGUCGCGCUGGGAGAUCACGGAAGGGUAUGGUGACUUCAAAAAAUGAUCAGGUACAGACGGCUGUCAAGCGAAAGCGUUCACCAGGUCGUGACUCGGCGACUCCUCCGUUACCUUCCCCGAGACGAACACAAAUACCCUGUCAUCCUUCGCAUGACGUGGAACUGGUCAAUGUGUCCAAGAACUUCUCAAAGACUGCCCAGCUCCUUCUGAACGAUAUCACGUCUCACAAAUUGGCUGGAAUCUUCGCCAGGCCACUGUCGGAGCGUGAUGCUCCUGGAUACAGGGACUUGGUGUUCCGCCCACAGGACCUCAAGAGCGUGAAAGCUGCUGUUUCCAAGGGUGGACGGGCGGCUCUUGGGGCGAUUGAAACUCUCGAGGCAGAAGACCGGUCUGGUCAAGAAACACCAACCAAGAACGCUCCAGGCCCUACGUCUGAAACGGGUGAACGUUCCUUGGGGAAUGGCAUGUAUCUUGUCAAGAAGAGCGAGGAUCUGACACCACCCAAGGGUAUCGUGAACUCAUCACAGCUCGAGAUGGAGCUGGUGAGGAUGUUCGCGAACGCGGUCAUGUUCAAUCCGCUGCCUACGUCUGAACGAGGGUUUGGCCGGUCUCUUCGUCCGAGAAAACGAGGUGGAGAUGUCGACGUCGAUGUUGACACUGACAGCACCAGUUCCAGCGAAGGAAGUCCCGUGGACGAGGGUGGUAUCAUCUCGGACGCUCGUGAAAUGUUUGAGGACGUCAUGGCCUCGGUACGCAAGUGGCGAGAAGUUGAAGUUGAACGACUCAAGGGUGGCGGCGGUGGUGUUGGUGGGGAUGAUGCGACGGGAUCCAACGUCAAGACGAUGCAUGGUCAUGGUAGUGCCAGUGCCAGUGUGAGGCAAUCUAGCGUGAGUUCUGCCUUGAAUGAAGAUGAUGCUGGUGGUGACUCGGCGACUGCAUCGACACCUGUCCCGACAACUGGUACGGCGAGAAAGAGAAGACGAAUUGCGGAUUGAGUUUGUUGCUGUUCUUGUUCUUAUUGCUAUGGCAUCGAUAAAACUGUUGAGAUGCUUUACCAAAAAAGGAGGACAGGAUAGGCGUAUGUUUGUGCCAGCCUCGCAAGGCUGUGAGCGAGUCGGUGAUAGUGAUAGUGACAGUGACAGAUUUCUUGAAAGUCAGAAUUGAGAUGGACAACAAUCAGAUUAUUGUUUCGAACAGA